CAGUCGGCCCCGCAUCAGAGUCUGGCCUUGGUGGCUCCAGCGCACGUGAUCUGCCGCUGUCUCCCACCCGCGCCAUGACCCAGCCUGUACCCCGGCUCUCUUUGCCCGCCACGCUGGCCCUGGGCUCGGCCGCGCUGGGCGCCGCUUUCGCCACUGGCCUCUUCCUGGGGAGACGGUGGCCCUCGUGGAGAUUUCGGCGACAGCGACACCUGCUUCCCCCAGAAGACAGUCCCCUGUGGCAGUAUCUGCUGAGUCGCUCAAUACGGGAGCAUCCAGCACUACGGAGCCUGCGGCUGCUGACUCUGGAGCAGCCGCAUGGAGAUUACAUGAUGACCUGUGAACAGGCGCAGCUUCUGGCCAACCUGGCACGACUCAUCAAGGCCAAGAAGGCGCUGGACCUGGGCACUUUCACUGGCUACUCUGCCCUGGCACUGGCCCUGGCGCUGCCCCCCGCCGGGCGUGUGGUGACCUGCGAGGUGGACGCAGGGCCCCCGGAGCUGGGGCGGCCGCUGUGGAGGAAGGCUGAGAUGGAUCACAAAAUCGACCUUCGGCUGAAGCCAGCCCUGGAGACCUUGGACGAGCUCCUGGCGGCAGGAGAGGCCAGCACCUUCGACAUGGCCGUGGUGGACGCGGACAAAGAGAACUGCACAGCCUACUAUGAGCGAUGUCUGCAGCUGCUGCGCCCCGGAGGCAUGCUCGCCAUCCCUAGAGUACUUUGGAACGGAGAGGUGCUACAGCCUCAACCAGGGGACACCGCUGCUGAGAGUGUGCGAAACCUAAAUGAGCGCAUCCGGCGGGAUGCCAGGGUUUACAUCAGCCUCCUGCCCUUAGGCGACGGCCUCACCUUGGCCUUCAAGAUCUAAGCCUGGCCUUUAGCCUGUGAGCUCAGAGAGGGAACCUGGAACCAGACUUCAGUUUUAAAUCCUGUAAUAAAGUGGGGCUGGGAAUUAAAUCCU